AAGCUGCACGUACUUGUGAAUUACCAUUAAAUCACCUAUUUAAGCAGGGUGAUCAACGCGAUAGGACAGUCGUCGACGGCAGUCCCUUACAGUAGCACGUCAAUCAUGGAUAACGAAACACAGAGUCUCGAAGCGAUUGUAAAUAAUAACCUCAGCGGUCGAGAUCUCGAUGAGUUCAAUAGAAUAUAUUACGGCAGGAAGAACCAUAAUGAAGUAAAAGUUAAAGAGUCAUCCAUUGCUGCUGCAAAGGAGGCUGAUUUUGAAAUAGCUGCUUACGCAUUCCCAGCAAAAAAGGAGCAGACCAGGCCUCCGAGGAUCGUCAAAGUUGGUGUCAUCCAGCACUCCAUUGCUAUACCCACAGAUCGUCCUGUUAACGAGCAGAAGAAAGCCAUUUUUGAUAAGGUAAAGAAGAUCAUCGAUGUAGCAGGCCAAGAGGGCGUGAAUAUUAUUUGCUUCCAAGAAUUAUGGAAUAUGCCUUUCGCUUUCUGCACACGCGAGAAACAGCCUUGGUGCGAAUUCGCUGAAUCUGCUGAAGAUGGCCCCACAACCAGAUUUCUGAGUGAGUUAGCAGUCAAAUACGCUAUGGUCAUUGUAUCCUCGAUACUGGAGAGGGAUGAAAAUCAUGCCGAAAUUUUGUGGAACACAACUGUGGUCAUUAGUGAUAGUGGCAACGUAAUUGGUAAACAUCGCAAAAACCACAUUCCAAGGGUUGGAGACUUCAACGAAUCCAACUAUUACAUGGAAGGGAACACUGGCCAUCCGGUGUUUGCAACCAGAUACGGUAAAAUCGCUGUGAAUAUCUGUUUCGGACGUCACCACGUGUUGAACUGGAUGAUGUUCGGGCAGAAUGGAGCAGAAAUUGUGUUUAAUCCGUCGGCAACCAUCGCUGCUGAAGCUGGCAGCGAGUACAUGUGGAACGUCGAGGCUAGAAAUGCUGCUAUCACCAAUUGUUACUUUACCGCUGCAAUCAACAGGGUUGGUUACGAAGAGUUCCCAAACGAAUUCACUUCUGCUGACGGCAAACCGGCUCACAAAGACCUUGGCCUCUUCUACGGCUCGAGUUACUUCACUGGCCCGGAUGGCGUACGUUGCCCAGGUCUUUCUAGAACAAGGGACGGUCUCCUCAUAGCGGUAAUGGAUUUGAAUUUGAACCGCCAGAUUAAAGAUCGUCGCUGCUACUACAUGACCCAGCGCCUCGACAUGUACGUAGACAGCCUUCGUAAGGUUCUUGACUUGGACUUCAAGCCCCAAGUGGUCCAUGAGAAGGACAAGAAAGAAAAAUGAACUGCUAUUAAGAUUGUAUUGAUAGGCGACUGAUUAUCGUCGAUUUGACAAAUGUAAGAUAAGCCUGACGAAAUCUUGUUAAUAAUAUCUGCCUAUUUUCCAAAUAGUAUUAAGAUAUCUAUCUAUGACUGUUAAAUAUUUCAAAAGCACAUUGAUUAUGUAUCUAUUAAAGCGAGUUAAUAUUUAGGUACAAGAUGUUUAUUAAUUUCUUUAGGUACUUUAAUUAUAAUGGAAUUUAAUUAUAUAUUUUUCAAAAGAAAGAACAUUUUAAUUUCAUAUGCAUAUUCUACGGGAAGCAAAAGACGGUAUGGUGGAAACUUAACCAAAAAGU